AUGUCAUGGCCGAGGACAGCCGCAGGCUGUGUGCGGGCGCUGAUAGGCGUCCUCGCAGUGACCGCGCACUGUACCCAGGCAACUGAGGCCUCCCAGCAAGAGGCCUGCGACGAGGUCGUGACGCUGCUUCAGCGCUUCCGGCGCAGCCCCUCUGCGGAGCCUGUGAGCUUGCGGGAUGCAGCGGCAAGGGCCGCAUCCCUGGCGCGGGAGCUUACCCGGGAGGAGAUCCAGGGACUGAUCCGCGGCACCGGCUAUGCAGACAGCGUGUACAACCCACCUCCGGGCUUCUUCGUGGGCAACACGGACCCGGUGCCACGGAAGGGCAUCCCCUCCCUCAACCUCCAGGAUAACGGCCAGGGAUACCGCACCGUGCAGCCAGUACAGAUUGGCCAGGUCACGUCCUUCCCUUCCACCCUUGCGGUGGCAGCCACAUGGGACGAAAGUCUUGGCCGUGCCUGGGGUGAGGCUUUGGGCAAAGAGUUCCUUACCAAGGGCGCCAACGUCCUGCUGGGCUUCUUGGCUUCGUUUCAGAUCAUCCGGGGUGCUGGAGCAUAUUCCCCGAGCUACAAGUAG